AUGCAUUUUCAGGUGCAAACGGUGAAUGGAAUCGUUGAGGGUUUCCGGCUUGAUGUAGGUAACCAUAAAGAAGUUGAUGUAUUCCUCGGAAUCCCCUUCGCAGCACCUCCAAUUGGUGAACUUCGUUUUCAGAAACCUAUUCCCCCGUGCAAUUGGGAAGGCGUUCGCAAAUGCAUACGCUUUGGCCCUAGAGCCCCCCAAGCGGAUUUUUUCUGGGAGAGAAUAUCACUUGGACGGAGAAGUGAAGACUGCUUGUACCUAAACGUCUUCUCACCGACAUGGACGGCGGAAAACGAGUCUGGGCAUGCAGUGAUGGUUUAUGUUCAUGGAGGAGGCUUCCUGAUCGACUCUGCAGUGAAGUACGGCGAUGAAGGAAUCGCAAAAUAUCUUUGCCGCCAUGGAGUUGUAGUCGUCACCAUUCAGUACCGUCUUGCCCUGUUAGGCUUUUUGUCGACUGGUGACGAAGUCUGCGCAGGGAAUCUUGGCCUAUGGGAUAUGACUCUGGCUCUACGAUGGGUACAGGACAAUAUAAGAGCUUUUGGUGGAGACCCCAACAGAGUGACGGUGUUUGGGCAAAGUGCCGGUGGAGCCAGCGUGGACAUGUUAGCGCUCAGUCCACACUCCAGAGACCUCUUUCAUCAGGUGAUCCCAAUGGCUGGAAAUGCCGAAUGUACCUGGAGUACCGUAAACCGAUCACAAUUAGUUGAAUCUUGCCGAGAUUUCGCUAGAAGACGAGGAUGGGAUGGUGUCAACUAUGAUAUCGAGACAAGUCGAAGUCUAGUGGAAUUCCUCCGCCGUCGCAAGGUGGCAGAGUUCGAGAAACGCUUUAUCACCUCAAAGGGAGUAGAUGUAUCGAAAAUCGGUCUCGACUUGGCUCCAGUAAUUGGCACUACUCCCGACGAUUUCCUGCCGAAAAGUAUAGACGAACUACGUAAGGAAGCGCCUAAAAAGAAGGCUCUCAUCGGGACAUGCCAACAUGAAGGGCUCCUGUUCGCCACACUCUCACCGAAUCACUUCAAUCUUAAAGGCAUCGAUAAACUGAUUUCCGUGGUGAUCACCCCGGAAAACCAUGCGAAUUUUGAGGACUUGAGGCGCCAAGCACGCGAUUUGUACCUGCGCAAUGUUAACCUCGAUUCUAAAGAAGAAAUAGCCAGAGCCUACGUGAAGUUGUACAGCGAUAUAUUCGUGAACAAUGGGACAUACAGUUAUGUCACGAAGAUGACAGCGCUAUCCAACCGCAUCUACUUGUACUCAUUUGAGUUCUACAACCCACGUAGCUUCGGCGUGUUAUCGCUUCGAAUGCCAUUCAGAGGUGCAACUCACUGUACGGAACUGACUUACCUGUUUGGUGUGUCGCUUCUGUUUGGAUUUCACUUCACUAGUGCUGACAAACAAAUGAUCGACCUAAUGACACGAAUGUGGACGAAUUUCGCUAAAUAUGGAGAUCCGAACGGACCAUAUGAGGACUCAACCGUAUUUGACUUCAAAUGGGAACCAGCAACCUCACAAGAGUGUGGCCGCCAUCUAGUCAUCAGUGAAAAAUGUGAAAUGCGCUCGAUUUAUGAGGAAAGAAGGGCCGAAUUUUGGAAGAAUAUACGGAUAACAGCGAAGAACUGUUGA